CUAGAUUUUUCUGUGUGGAGUUGGAGCAGCAAACAGGUGCCAUGCUGCCUUUUGCCCCACCUAAGAAAACUCCCAAACUUGACUUGAAUCCCCGUGCGGAUGCCAUUCGCUCUAAGCUGAUCUAUACAUUUUACCUGAUUGAUCACUUUGAGGGGCUGAGCCAUGCGGUGCCACGGUAUAACAUACAAGAUUUUCUGGAUUCCAAGAAGCGAAAGAAACUGAUGCUCAUGGAUCACCACCAAUUGGUUCGCUUCCAUGUCGUGCCCACCCGGAACAUCAUGGUGACUCAAGAGAAACGCUGGCGCAACUGUAUCGAGGUGCGUUGCAGCCGUUGGCCCCCUUUUAAGAUGUGGGUGUCUUCAGUUCUGAACAGCCAAACAUUCAAAGGCUUUAUCAUCUUUCUUAUCUUCUUGAACAUGGUAGUCCUCAUGAUCUCAACGGAGAUCAUGGGGAAGAGGGGAAUCACCUAUGUGAAAAUUACCAGGGUCCUGGAGGUGAUCAUUUGGAUCAUUUUACAGAUCUUUGUGACGGAGAUUGGGUUGCAUUGGUUUGUGAGCUUUCAGAGAUACUGGAAAAAUCCCUGGAAUAUCUUUGAUUUCAUAGUGACCAUCAUCUCCAUUAUACCAGAAGUCAUAUAUCCAUUUAAGAAGUACCAGAGUGUGACAACUCACCGACUUCUGCUGUUAAGCCGUGUACUGCGUUGCCUAAAGCUCUUUCCUAGAGUCCGACAAGUCCGAGUUCUCAUCAUGGCUAUUGCCAAAGCCCUGAAAGCGAUGGCCUUAAUUUUGGUUCUCCUUGCCUUCCUCUUCUACGUCUUUGCUUUGUCGGGCAUCUACUUUUUUGAGAGUUACACCCAAUCAAGCAGGAUGGACCUGACUUACAAUAUGUAUUUCAUGGACAUGCCCAAUGCUCUAGUAACCAUCUUCAUUCUUUUCACCAUGGACCACUGGUACGCUCUGUUACAAGAUUCAUGGAAAGUCCCAGAGAUAAACAAGGUGAUCAGUGGUAUAUUUAUCUGCCUAUGGCUUCUGAUUGGGGCGUUUAUUUUUAGGAAUCUCUUUGUUGCCAUUAUGGUCACCAAUUUCCAGAACAUCCGAAGUGACCUAAGUGAAGAGGUGAGACAGAUAGAGACUCAGACACAAGCUGACAAAUUCAAAAUGGAGAUCAUGGAAAAGAGAUUCAGCCAGAUUCGAUCUAUGGACAAAGACAUUACAUUCAGAGAAAGGUUCACCAUGGACCCCGCAUUAAUUCAAACUGCAGACAAUCCAGAUUUCAGCUACGAUGAAAUGUCUCCUGGAAUUUUGGACUGGGAGACUUACAUCCACAAGAACCUACCAGGACUGUAUGCUGCUGAUGAAGACGAACAGGUGCUUUGGCCACGUGACUCCCUCUUCCGCUACUUUGAGUUGUUGGAGAAGUUGCAGCAUAACUUAGAGGAACGUAAGGAACUUCAGCAAUACAUGGUGCUGGCUCUUUCCAACCUUGAGGACAAGUAGCACGGACCAUGCAUACAUCCAUAAGAACCUACCAGGACUCUAUGCUGUCGAUGAAGAUGAACAGGUACUUUGACCACGUGAUUCCCUCUUCUGCUACUUUGAGUUGUUGGAGAAGUUGCAGCAUAACUUAGAGGAACGCAAGGAAUUUCAGCAAUACAUGAUGCUGGAUCUUUCCAACCUUGAGGACAAGUAGCACGGACCAUGCAAGCUUUGGGAGAGAAAAGCCAAAGCAAAUGAAACUCGUGGCUUUGUACCAGCCUCUCCCCCUCCCUCCUCCAUCCAAAGGUCUCUAGAUAAGACACAAGAAUACUAUUAAAAUAUAUUGUAUACCA